UUGUUUGAAUAAAGUUGGGUUUUGCUCCAAUAAAUCACACGCCCCCCUCCCCGUAAAAAUAGCCCCCCACAUAAUAGAAGUGUAAUCCCCAAAUUACCCUCACUCGCACUCAACCUCUCCGACAAACCGAAAACCAUUUCACACACUAAACAUUUAAUCUCUACCCCAUCGGAUAUCCUUCUCUCCAUGGAGAACCAGAACCAGAACUCCGGGCGGCGUCACCGCGAGCAAUCGGCGACGAGUUCUCGGAGGAGCUUGAAGCGGAAACUCGACGAGGAUUCCGGCGAAGAUCGCGGCAGGAUCGGCGGUGAAUCGCCUUCCGAUUCGCAGCAAGAUCUCGUGACCGAAAUUCGCACUCAAGUUGAGAUCCUUGACUCCGUUGCCUCCUCCUCCGCCGAGCAGGAUCGCGCCUCCGUCAAACGCGCAAUUCACGUCCUUUCUGAGCUCGCCAAAAACGAGGACAUAGUGAAUGCGAUAGUGGACUGUGCGGCAGUUCCAGUUCUGGUAAAGCAUCUAAAGGCUCCGCCGUUGGUGACAGAGAUAGAAAGUGGUCCGAGGUUGUACGAGCACGAAGUGGAGAAAGGAAGUGCCUUCACUCUUGGACUUCUAGCCAUUAAACCAGAGCAUCAACAGCUCAUUGUCGAUGCCGGAGCUCUACCCCCUCUUGUAGAUCUGUUAAAGAGGCAUAGCGCUGUUCCAAACUCUCGGGUGGUAAAUGGUGUGAUUAGGAGAGCAGCUGAUGCAAUCACUAAUCUUGCUCAUGAGAAUAGUAGCAUUAAAACCCGUGUUAGAAUUGAGGGUGGUAUCCCUCCUCUUGUUGAAUUGCUCGAAUUUGCUGAUGCAAAGGUGCAGAGAGCAGCAGCUGGAGCCCUUCGAACCCUUGCUUUUAAAAACGAUGAGAACAAAAAUCAGAUUGUGGAAUGCAAUGCUCUACCAACGCUUAUACUAAUGCUGCGGUCUGAGGAUGCUGCCAUACAUUAUGAAGCGGUUGGUGUUAUUGGUAAUCUGGUCCACUCAUCUCCAAACAUUAAGAAGGAAGUUCUUGCUGCUGGAGCUCUGCAACCUGUCAUCGGGUUACUUCGCUCCUGCUGUUCGGAGAGCCAAAGAGAAGCUGCUCUGCUUCUUGGGCAAUUUGCUGCAACAGAUUCAGACUGUAAGGUGCAUAUUGUUCAAAGAGGUGCUGUCCCUCCUCUCAUAGAAAUGCUCCAGUCAUCAGAUGCACAAUUAAGAGAAAUGUCAGCAUUUGCCCUAGGAAGAUUAGCUCAGGAUCCACAUAAUCAGGCUGGUAUUGCCCACAGCGGUGGAGUAGUACCGUUGCUGAAGCUUCUUGAAUCCAAAAAUGGAUCUUUGCAACAUAAUGCUGCAUUUGCUCUUUAUGGGCUCGCAGAUAAUGAGGAUAAUGUUGCAGAUCUUAUUAGGGUCGGGGGUAUUCAGAAACUUCAAGAUGGUGAAUUUAUUGUCCAACCUACUAGGGAUUGUGUAGCCAAGACGCUAAAGAGACUUGAAGAGAAGAUUCAUGGGCGGGUAUUGAGUCAUUUAUUGUUCAUGAUGCGUGAGGGAGAAAAAAAUGUUAAAAGACGCGUGGCUCUUGCUCUCGCUCAUCUUUGUUCUCCAGAUGAUCAAAGGACCACUUUCAUUGAUAACAACGGAUUGGCGUUGCUUUUGGAGCUUUUGGAAUCCACUAACUCAAAGCACCAAAGAGAUAGUUCUAUGGCCUUAUGUAGGUUAGCCAAUAAAGCAAGCUCAGUUUCUCCUAUUGAUGCAGCUCCUCCUUCUCCUAUACCUCAGGUGUACUUGGGUGAGCAGUACGUAAAUAGUCCUACAUUGUCUGAUGUGACAUUUUUAGUCGAAGGAAAACGGUUCUAUGCACACAGAAUUUGCUUGCUUGCUUCUUCUGAUGCAUUUCGCGCUAUGUUUGAUGGUGGUUACCGGGAGAGAGACGCCAAAGACAUAGAGAUUCCUAAUAUCAGAUGGGAUGUUUUUGAAUUGAUGAUGAGAUAUAUAUACACAGGAUCUGUUGAUGUCAAUGCGGAUAUCGCACAGGAUCUUCUGAGUGCUGCCGAUCAGUAUCUUUUGGAGGGUUUGAAGCGUCUCUGCGAAUAUGCCAUUGCACAGGACAUAUCAGUGGAAAACGUGUCACUCAUGUUUGAGUUAUCGGAGGCGUUUAAUGCGUUGUCUUUGAGACAUGCUUCGAUUCUAUUCAUCCUGGAAAAGUAUGACAAGUUAUGUAUCAUGCCAUGGUAUACUCAGCUGAUCCAACGUAUUUUACCAGAGACUCGGAAUUAUUUUGCGAGAAUUCUGACGAGACCUGUCCAAGGUGAAAUAAGACGGUAGGUUGGAUUGGGCAGCAGUUUUGUUGACUGAUAUUUUGACUAAUUAGUGAGUGCAGGAUAAUGUACAUAAAUUGAUUAGUUCCCACUUUUGAGGUUUGCCUUAGUCUGGAGGCAUCUUGUUGUAAUUUUCCCCAUUUUAAUGCAAAAAACGCCAUAUAAUGAUGGUUUGAUUUUGCCUCAG